UCGCCGGGGUUUUGUGUUAAAUCGUAUGUGAAUUACGCACCGAAUAUUCGAGUUUGUCUGAUACUGAAGUUAAAUAUCAACAUAUAGAUUUGGACUGUUUGAGUGAAAGGUCAAGAACAUCCAGAAAAAUGUUCAUGUGGAUUUUAAUAGCGAUUCUUGUCGUGCUGGCUUUAGUAUGGUCUAUGGACAUGGAGAGCUCUUUCGGGAUGCGGCAUCUGAUCGUGUUUCUUCUGUUCGUGGCCACCACAGUGUCAUACGCUACUCGUGUCAGCAUGAGCGUUGCUAUCGUUGCCAUGACAACAGACAACGACUACGGACACCCUGUAUUUAAAUGGGAGAGAAGCGUUCAAGACACAAUCUUGUCGUCGUUCUUCUGGGGUUACAUCCUGCUGCAAAUUCCCGCAGGGCUGCUCACCAGCCGCUUCGGGGGGAAAGUUUUCAUCACCGUCGCUAUGCUCGUCACCGGCCUCGUCAACUUGGUCACGCCUUUCGCUGCUACUAAAGGUGAUUGGAUGGCGGUGUGCGCAUGCCGCAUCCUGAUGGGUCUGUCUCAGGGGCUACUGUACCCCAGCCUGCACGGCCUGCUGGGACAAUGGGCCCCCGCCGCUGAGCGCAGUCGGAUGGGUACAUUCGUCUAUGCUGGUGCUCAACUGGGUACAAUAAUAGAGAUGAUGUUGGCGGGCGUGCUGUCGGCGGGCCCAUGGGGCUGGCCCGCUGUUUUCUACGUGGCGGUGUACAUCCUCAGCUUCGUGUUCAGCUGGACCGCUGACUUCCUCGUCAACAGGAAUAUCAUCAGCCUGCCCACGGCCAGGAAACUUUUCAAUACUAUCGCAUUCUGGGGUCCUGCGGCCGCUCUUCUGGGCCUGUCGUACAUCCCGGCAGGUCACUUGACCCUAGCGGUGGUUAUUCUGACCCUCACAGUCGGUCUCAAUGGCGCACAUUACGUCGGCUUUUUAAUCUCGCACAUUGACCUGUCGCCCAACUUCGCCAGCACGCUGAUGGGCAUCACCAACGGCUGCGGGAACAUCUUCUCCAUUAUGGCUCCACUCAGCGUCUCCCUCGUCGUCAAAGAUGAGUCGAGUGCAUCAGAAUGGAGGAACGUGUUCUUGAUCUCGAUCGCUUUCUACUUCCUAAGCAAUCUGUUCUUCAUACUGUUCAUGUCAGGCAAAGUCCAGGACUGGAAUGAACCGCAGGCUGCUAAGACAUUAGAGGAUGGUGUAAAAGAAGUUGAAGAGGUAGACAGCAGUAAUAAAAACAAAACCAUGGUCGAGAAAUUUUGAUAAAUGUAAUUUACCGUAGAUUAAAGACUAGUCAUAAAUGUAUUUUAUAAUGUAAUUUAAAUUCCUGUUAAUACACUAGAGUAAUAAAAUUACAGAUGCCAUUGAACAGAACCCAGUGAGCCAUACUAAAUACGAAUUAAAUGUUACAGGGAAUAUUUUGUUUUUGUUGUAAUAGUUAUUUCUUUACACUCAAAGUUAAAACUUUUGA